AUGCAUAUAAAUCAAAAUGAUGGAGAGGACGAAUACAGAGACUAUCAAGGGAUUAGUUACGGGUUGAUCUUAAAGAAAAUUGUAAGGAGAUCAAUAAAUGAUUGGAAUCUUUUUUGUGAAAGAGUAGAUGAUGAUAGUGGAGAAAAUUUUGAUUAUUUAAGAAGUGCAUUAAUACAAUAUUGUAGACAUAUGAGAGAAUGUUUUUUAAAAAUAUUAGAAUUAGAUAAAUUUCGAGAGAGAUAUAAAGAAAUUAAUGAAAUAAUAAAACACAUAUUUGAACUUAAAGAAUGUUAUGAAGAAUUAAAAAAUAAAUACCAGUAUGAUAUGUAUUUAUGUAAAUUAAAAAGUAUGAAUUUACAACUUAAUGAAAAUAAUGUUCUUUGUGCAUUAGAUUUAUUGUCUACAAAAAAAUAUACAAGAUUUCCAUUACUCUUUAAAGAUAUUUUAAGAAACCCUACAGACUUCUUUUUACCUAGUCUGGACAAGAAUAAAAUAGUCAUUUUGAAAAAAAGAAUUGUUGAUGAGUUUUUAAUAAAUUAUUAUAUAUCAAAAAUACCAAAAGAUAAAGUUAAUUUUUUAUUUUCAGAUGGAAUAAUUGAAUUAGAAAUAAUUGAUGAAGUAAGAAUUUAUUUGAUUACAGAUUUUUUUAUGUGCAAAAUUGUAAAAGCCGAAAUUUUGUUUUCAAGCUAUAUCAAUCUACACCCAUCUCAUAACAUUAAUCUGGUCAAUCUAUUAAACCACUCCAUUGUGCAAAAGCAGCAAAAAUGUUUCAUAAAUUUGGCUAGUCAGAGUGGAAGGCUCGGCGGCGUUAGCGGUGAUACGGGCAAUGCCAUUAACGAGCAUAGUGAUAAUAAUAAUUAUUUUGACAGUAGCAGUGAUAGUAGUGGCAGUGGUAGUAAUGGCAGUGGCAGUAGUAGCAGUGGCAGUAGUAGCAGUGGCGGCCUUAAUAAAUGGAACACCGAUCAAACGAACUAUGUGAAUGGUCAGACGUUCGAGUCGACAGUUGAGAAGAUAGUUGUACAGGCAGAGGGGAGCAUGCAUCCUGUCGACACAGAUAAAAUGCUGGAUGAACAGGAUGAAUGGGAUAAGCGGAGUGACCAAGAUGACCAGGAUGAUCAUAAGCCGCUAGCUGCCAUGAGAAAGGAUGGGCAGGACUAUGCGGGUAUGUCUGCAGGAGAAGAGAAGGAUGAUGGAAGUACUUCUUCGGUGGAAGAAGGGGUAGGAGGAACAGGAGGAACUGAUCGUGUAGACAACCCCGAAAGUGAACAAGAAGGAAGUAAUUUCCAUUUCAAUUUUUAUAAUAAAGAAAGAAGAGGUAAAACUUUUAAGAAGCAUAAUGUUAGGUACACAAAUAUACAUAGUAUUGAAAAUCAUUACAAAAGUGAUGGAGAGAAGGGAAUGAAAAGGGACGAGUUGACCCUUUGUGAUAUAUUUUAUGAAAUAUAUAAAAUUAGUCAUUUUUAUUGUAGUUUACAAGUACUUGAAUUUUUCAAAGGGUGCGUGAAUCAGUAUAACUCCUUUAAUUAUAGUAAAAAAAUCUUCCAUAUAUAUAAGGAGUACCAACAUAAUAGUAACACCAUUAAUAGUACCAGUAGCAGUACCAAUAGCAGUACCAAUAGUAGUACCAAUAGUAGUACCAAUAGUAGUACCAGUAAUAGUAAUAGUAACAAUAGUAAUAGUAAUAAUAUUGGUAAUUAUGUUGAAUUUACUCCUUCCUGUUAUAAUUACAAUUUAAAUGAUAAAAACUGCUUACUUCAUUUAGAUAUACAUUUGUAUAACUUUGAGUUGGGAAAAGACAUGUAUAAAUAUUUUAAAAAAUUGCCAUUAAUUAAUAAGAAUAAUGAAAAAAAUAUUAUUUUAAAAUUUGUUUUGAACAACCUGAACGGAAAUAUAAAAGUGUUCUUGUGGCCAUUUAGCUAUUUUAAAAAAAAAAAAAGUAAAAUAAGGAAGCUAACGAAAAUAGAAAGGGAAAAGCAUAAGAAAGUGGAAGUGGAAAAGGAAAAGGAAACGAAAAGAGAAAAGGAAAAGGUCGAGGAAGUGGAAGUGAAAAAAGAAAGCCCCCCUUUUGACAACAUAUUGACGUAUUAUGAAUUUUGUUUUUGUAAUUUCUUGAAAAAAAAAAUUAGAAAAGCAUUUAUCUAUAACCCUGCCCAUAUCCAUUUGGAAAAUUGGCUAACAAAAGUGUCCAACUGUGUGACUUAUUUUUUAUUUUCCAUUUUGAAAAAAUUCUGUACAAGUCAUAAAAAAAAAAAUAAGAGGAAUAAGAAAAAUGCACACAAAAAAAUAGCGCAUGACUCUAGACGGAGUGAGAUAUCCUUUGACAGUAACAUAAUAAACGUUCAUGAGCUGAUACUGGACUAUUUCUUCGAUCUGCGCCACAUCGAACGUGAGUUAAGGUGCUUUGAGGAGGGAGUUAAGGAAAAAAGAAAAAUGAUAAAAGUGAGGAAACAGAAAUUACAAGAAAUAGACCAAAUGGACAAAAUGGAUAAAAUAAAAAUAGUAAGCCCCUUUAGCGGUAGCAAAAAUAGCGAAAGUGGAAGUAAUAAUAAAAAUUGCAAUACCGUCGACAUUAAUAGGGAGCCUUCCGAUCGAUCAUGUUGCUGCAAACUUGCGUCCUAUGUGGACAUUAAAAACAAGCUAAGAAUAAUUUACGUGAAAAAACCAAAUGGAAAUAUAUACAUAAUGAGAUACAAAUUUUAUCAACAAAAAAUUGAUUUAUUUAUGAACACACAGAAUGAAAAAUUUUUUUUCAAAUGUCAUUGGGAUAAGAUAUUCAUAGGUGUAAUUAGUUUAUGUUAUAAUUUAAAAUUAAUAAUAUAUAUAAUUUAUUUGUUGAAAUACUUUUCUUUAUAUGUAUAUUUAUAUAAUUUAUUAAAGGAGCGAUUUGUUAAUAUAAACCCAGGUAAUUUUUGUAAUUUCCAAUUUUCAAAAAAUGAGUUUUUUCCAAAUUUUUUUUUUCAUAAAAUAAGGCUAUUUGAUUUUUUAAAAAAAUACGACGAUUAUUCGUCAAAUAUUAUAUUGGCAAAAUUUAUUGAGCAAUUUUUUUCUUUUAUUGAUUUUUAUUUCUACUUACACUCGGAAGUGUCUAACACAUGCACUAACAACAAUGAUGAAGAGAUGCAAAAAUGUAUGAAACGUUUAAUCGGAGAAAGUCUUUUAAGUAAUCAUGAAAAUGUGUCUUAUCAAGAUGGUUAUUGCAUCAGUGUGGGAAGCUCUCAGGAGGGGAGCGAUUACAGCAGUGUAAACGGGAACAAAGGUCGAAGUAUUAGUAGUGUCAGUAGUGCCAGCGGCGGUGUUCAUACGUUUUGCAAUAAAAACGAAGAUUUCCAGGAAGCUCCCGUGAACAGCAGCAGUGUUAUCGGAAAGGGAGGUGUCAAGUAUCCUACGUAUCGGAAUAAAUUUUUUUCCGUGUUAUUCUUCACAAUAUACAUACAGGAUAACAGUGUACCUCUGCUGUUGUGUAUACUCGUUGAAAAAUAUUACAUAUUUCAAACGUACAUUGUUAUUUCGUUCGAAGGUAGGAGCAGUAACAGGAGCAGUAGUAGAAAAAGCAGCAUGAACAGGUACAACAACAGGAACAUCGACGAGAAGAGCAAACAUUUUGAAAAGGGGGAUGAAUCGAAUGAGGAAAAGGAAGCUCCAAAAAACCGUUUCGUGAUUCCAUUAAUUCAUAAAAAACUUUCUAUCAAGAGAAAACUAGACGUCUAUUUUGAUAGCGUGCUUGAUUUAGUUCAUAAUUUUUCUCGUAUGUUCACUAUUUUGAACAAAAUUUCAGAGGUUAAUUUUGUCUGCCCCGUUUUUCGAACACAUUGUAGUUUAUCAGAUGAACUGGCAAGAGAAGCGGCAAAAAAAGAGGCACAAGAAACGGUGCAAGAAACGGUACACGGAGAACUGCACGACGCAGCGCAAGUCUCACCACACAUCGUAGCUGGGGUACGGCAGAAUGGAAAAAGAAAGAUGGCAGACUGCAUGAUUCAUCUUGUUGAUGAGAAAUAUUAUGAACUGUUCAUAAAAAGGAAGAAGAAGAGGACUUUCCUAGAUUUGCAAUAUUUUAUAAAUAAAAAUAGUUCUAAUGACUCAAGUGAUAUAAGCAAGAAUUACUUGAAUAACUACAUAGAGAAUUAUAUGCUACGUUUCCACUGCUCAUUAGAAGACGACUAUUAUUUAAAUGAAGUGUUUAUGAGGAUGAAGGAAAAAAGUACAUAUGUGUUUCUUUUAAAAAUUCUGCCAUGUGGUUCCUUUUUUUUUAAAAUUCCUGUAAAAGAAAAAAAAUUUAUUAAAAUUAAGGACUUCAGUGUGAUGAAAAAUAAAGACGUGUCCCUUAUUCAUAAUAAUGUAGUUAUAAAUAUGAAAAUAGGUAGAAGAGGGAAAGGAGUGAAAAAAGGAAAGGUACUGAAGAGGGAAAACAGUGGUGGAAAAGGUAGUAGUAGUAGUAGUGGAGGUAGUAGCAGUGGAAGUGGUAGUAGCAGUGGAAGUGGUAGUAGCUACGGUAAUAGCAGUGACGGAUAUGAUAAUAAAAGUAGUGUGGAGGGGAAGGGUGAAUGUGAGAAAAAAAAGUGCAACAGUUCUAGGGGGGCACUGUCCUGGACACAUACAAAGAAGGACUGGGUCAUAUUGAAAAAGUUUUACCUACUGGUAAAUGAUGAAUUUUCAUCCUUAAAUAUUUUACAUUUAUUUUCAGUUAUCAUUAAAUCGUUUUCCAUUAUGAGUUUAUUUAGUGAACUUUAUUUUAUAGAGAAAUUAUUUUCACCAAAUAUUAGUGUUCCAUAUUGUCACUUGUCCAACAUUGGCGUUAUGUAUUUUUGCAGUUACAAUACAGAUAUUGCAUGUGCUAUAAACUUUAACAUCUUGAAUAGUAGAAGUGAUGACAUCGCUUCGAAUUGCGCAAUUAGUGGUGGUGCAAUUAGUGGCGAUGCAAUUAAUGACAGUGCAAUUAGUGGCGGUGCAAUUAGUGGUGGUGCAAUUAGUGGUGGUGCAGUUCAUGAUAGCGCUUCACACUUCUUAUUUUGUGACGAUGGUAAGGAAAAACUAAUCCGAAGCCAUAGUAGCACAAGGGAAAAGCGAAAUAGAGAAGUUACCACCUCGAAAUAUUUAAAUUUUAAAGUUCUUUUGACAGAUAUGAUGUAUAUUGACAUUUCCUUUAAUUGUGCUAUUAAUUGUAUAAAUGAAAUAUUUUUAAAGGAGAAGAAAAAUUUUUAUAUGUAUUUAAAAAAGAGUAGAAGCAUUUUUAAAGUGUUAAAAUUAAUAUGUUUCACUUUUGAAUUUCACUACAAUUUUUAUAUUUUAGUUAAUAAGACAAAUGAGCACUUAAACAAAAUUCAUUUUUUAAAUGAAAUAACUGCAUGUAAAACUUUCCAUUUGCAUUAUGAAAACCUUAUAACAGUAACCUUAACAUAUAAUGAUGCAUUACAGGAUCAUAUGAAGAAGAAACAGUUGUCCUUUUACAUAGUACUUCACCCAAAGCACUUUUCCAAAAUUAUCAUUAUUCCUUAUUUUAGGUGCUUUUAUGGUGGCAAGCCUGGCGGUACGUAUAAUGACAAGUUUGGGGGAACGUAUAAUAGCACUUCUGCUAGCACCAAUAGUGCAACUAAUAAGGAUAAGGACCAAAGAAGCCAAUUUAGUGUGAACAACUUUUUUAAAAAGGAAAAAUUCUUCCAAGACAUACAAAGGAAGCAAAGAAGUCAUCCGAAGGAAGGCAGUAACAGUGCUUGUAGCUCAAAACACAAAGCAGAAGCAAAAGGAGCGCAAGCAUUCAUUCCAUAUAGUAAUAUCAUUAUUGACGACUUAGAUGAGGAAGAUGUACUCAUCUAUUUGUUCUUAAAAUUUUGCACCAUAAUUAGUAUAAAGCGCGUGGGUGAGUUGCACAUUAGCAAGUUAAGCGAUGAUAAAUAUGGUGGGUUUUGCUCCUCUAGCAGUCGCUGCAAUUUGUUUAGAAAUUCUCAAGGAGGAGAAGCAGGUAAAGAAGCGAGAAACGACUUGGGGAACAACUUGAGAACAGACGCAGAAGCAGGGGAAAACGUUUAUACGAGGGACUCGAAGAUAUUUGAACAAUAUGACAUGUUCAUAUCAAAUAUAAAAUAUUUGUUCAAAAUAAAAAAUAAAAUUAUAUUAUCAGAAGUGCAUUUUUUCCCCCCUACAUUUCUUUGCUCAACGUUAUACUCCUUUAUAGAAUUUUUAAGAACAUUAAAAACUUGGGUUCUUUUAAUAAGACAGUUAAAAAUACAUUACACAGAUAUUACGGUAAGCAGUUCAAAGAUAAGUAAUGUGUUUCAGUACAUAACAGCAUUAAAAAGGGAACGUGCCGUUUCAUAUAAAGGCAAAGAUGAAGCUCAGGGGAUUGAAGAAGUCAAAAGUGAACAACAUAUCAGUAAUUCGAAAUGUGAUUAUAAGGAAAUGAGAGAAAACAUUUUCAUACACUUGGUAUGGUUUUUGUAUAGUACGAAAAUAUUUUAUUUAGAAGGACCACAACUAGGUGAAGAUAAAAGAUUUAAGAGAAACUAUGAAUUCUUUUUGAAUAAAUCCUGUGCAAAUCCUCCCGGUGGUAAAAAAAGGGAAGACAGUCAUUUGUGUCCAAGGGAGGAAGAAGCGGACGGUAGUAUUGGGAAAUGCAAAAAAUUAAGAGGGGAAGGAAGGGUACCUAUCGGAAAAGAGGGCGAAAAAGAACACAAAGCAUGGAUAAACAGAGUCAUGGUCGAAGGAGAGCCAUUCAGCAGAGAGCUAAUCAAUGAAGAGCUAAUUAACGAAGAGCCGAUCAAUGAAGAGCCAAUCAAUGAAGAGCCAAUCAAUGAAGAGCCAAUCAAUGAAGAGCCAAUCAAUGAAGAGCCAAUCAAUGAAGAGCCAAUCAACGAAGAGCCAGUCAACAAAGAGCCAAUCAACAAAGAGCCAAUCAAUAAAGAGCCAAUCAACAAAGAGCCAAUCAACAAAGAGCCAAUCAAUAAAGAGCCAAUCAACAAAGAGCCAAUAAAAACCAAAGAUGAUGAAAAUACUAAGAUUGAGAUGAAAAAAAAAAUACAUUCAGACAUUUGGUACCUACUAAAUGGUGAUGAAGUACAUGUAGAUGAUAUAAAUUUAAAAAAACUAACUUAUAUGGUAAAUGCCUAUUCUUUUAAUUAUGCUGAUAUAUUUUUGAAAAAAAAUACACAAAAAAUAUUGAUUGGUAAGAAAUUUAUGCAGAAAGUGUACUCACUGCGAUUGUGGGAAUUCCAAAAUAUGAACGGUUUUAAGGGGGAGAAGAAAAGUUUUAAUGAUCAUCCUAGUGAAAUAGGUAAUAACCCCAAUGAUGCAAAUGUGGGACAUGUUUCAAAGAUGGAACGAGGUGAUCACGAUGAACUUAACCUGAUACAUCAACUUAACAAUAGUCCAUAUUUUCUGAACAAAGUCAGGAAAGACGAGAAAGGCACGAAAGAUGUGAAAAAUACGAAAGACGUGAAAGACACGAAAGAUGUGAAAGACACGAAAGACGUGAACAACCUGAACAACCUUUCCUGUGCAGGUAAAAAACUUAUCAGCGAAUGUGAUGUGCAUUAUUUGUUGCAUUCGGUUAGUAUCUACUUCGAAAAUGUUGGAGAAACUAUUGAUGAAAAAGAAUCAUGGUUUUACUGUAACAGAAAUUAUGGAAGUAAUAAUAAUUUGCAGAGUGGAGAAAGAAAGUUCAUUCUACAUGAUGAAAACAUUUUAAGAGAAAAUUCUAAAAUUAAUGUAUCUCUUAACUUAAUUUACAAGUAUGUAAGAAUAUGGCUAUCAAGAAUGAAUUACAAUAGCAUUCUUUCCUUUUUUGUUAUAAUCAAUGAAAUAAUACAUGAUAAAAAAAAUAUAUGUGAGUUCUCUUCAUUAAUCUUUAACAGUGUUAUAUCAUACCAUGAGCAUUUAAAUUUUUGGCUAGCUGAAAAACCAGAAGCAUUAACAAUGCCAUUUAUUGAAACUGAGUUUGUUAUUGAUGAAUAUAGUGGAAAUGGAGAAGACAGAAAAAAGGAUAGUAGUGAAAAAGGGGGGGUUAAAACUGACGAUAAGUUUAUUGAAUUCGUUGUGCCUUUUACCAAAGAAGGGGAAAAGAAGUACAUGAUGUUGGAUGAGGACAGUAAAAACUUGGAUAAAUCAUAUGGUGAAAUUAUCCCAUCACAUAGCACAAAAAACAUAAUAAAUGAUAACAAUACAUCUAAUAUUAGCAAUAGCGUUUCGAAUAAUGUAGAGGGAAAGGAUAAACGUAAUGAAAUGAAUAUAAAUAACAUUGAAGGCAAAAAUAUCAGUAUACAUUACAAAAUGAGAAGGUAUAUGCCUUGCCCAUUCAAAUGUACAUUAAUACGUACCAAGGAAAAAGUAGACAUUCUGAAUAAAACAAACGAAUGCAUUUCUUUAACUUUUCAUAUAUCAUCCUUACCAAUAAAAAAUUUAAAAGAAGUUUAUAUAAAUAAUGAAUCAUUUGUUAAAUUUCUCGUUUCCAAUAAAAUUGAUUUAAAUAUAGCACACCAGAGAAUUAUGAAAAUUUUGCAAAAAUAUGAUCUCAUGCCGAACUAUUCUCUUGUUGCGUCUCAGACCGUUCUGCAUUUAUCAACAUUUGAGUUACUAGUAAAAAAUUACAACAAAGAUGAAAACGUAAAUUAA